AUGAUAUUUCAGUAUGUUGAUAAUGAGCCUAGAAGUUUGGGCGUCUUGACAAACGUGGAUUACAUUAUGAAUGAAAGAAGGGAGUUCCGAUAUGGCGAUUUUAAAGAUGUAGAAUUAGAGCACGAAAAGCCGACAGGGCAAAAAGAGCCGUUGCCGAUACUAGACGCCGCUACAAACUUGAAGAUUGACAUCAGCUGGGAUGAAUGGUCAUGUUGCUCUGCAUGCUGCUGUUCAGGCAUUCUUUGCGGUAAAUUUUAUACCAGCGAUAGAAAAUGCACUCUACUUUCACCCACUAAAGUACGAAAGGGAUACCUGUCGCUCAUGAAGAUCGAUCCAGAUAAACCUAUAUCACCUUGGGACGAUGAUGAAGUGAAUAAUGAAUUCCAAAAUAUGAUGUCAGUAAGCCCGUAUCGUGAGCGAGGAAUUGCAUUAUGGUCUACAGUCUGGGAAAAUGUGAAAAGUCUUGAGCGCGCUAAACAGUACAAGGACCAGCUAUACGGAAAUCGCUUCAAACAAGUGCUCAAUAGUACUGCACCAUUAAUGGCUGCCCAUCCAGGAAUUUAUAUCGACGAAAUUUCAUGUAAUGAAGAGAAGUACGAUUGCGAAAAGUUGGCGAAGUGUUUAGGAAUUGAUAUUAAGGCAAAUUUUGAAGUCUAG